AUGGCCACUAUCCGUGACCAAACGGCGGGUCCACCCAUAGCCGGCCCCUCGGGGCGGAACCAAAACACAGUUCCAACACUAGAUCCGGAUCCAACUCAGGAUCCUUCUGGGCACCUCGGACCGGCGUUUCCGAGCGGUAAGUCCCACCCCAAGCAUCUUCCCUACCAGCCAGACCCACCCAGCGAAAGCCUGAUUUCGAUCGGGCAUAACCAGCCCCGCCCCCCUCGGCGAAAUCCUCCGCGGCGCAGGCUCCCCCCGGAGCGCUACUGCAACAACACUACUUCCUCCCACUACCCCGCACAAUCAGCCAGACCCAAGCCACUUUCGGCACAGAAACGAUCGAGCGCCGCCGCCCACGACGAAAUGGUUACUAUCCGUGACCGCAUGACCCGACUACCCACAGCCGGCCCCUCCGGGCGGAAUCAGUAUACCCCCUCCACGCCGGGUUUGGAUCCAACUCAGGAUCCUUCUGGGCACCUCGGACCGACAGUUCCGAGCGGUAAGACCCACCCAACGCCAACGCCACACCACAGCCAGCCAGACAACCUCGACGGAAGUUCGGUCUCGCCUGGACCCCUAGGGAGCAGCGCCUCGAGUGGUAAGUCCCACUUGAUCCAAGAUCCCCACCGGACGCCACCCAGCCUCGUACUACAGUGGAAUAUCAACGGGUUCUGGAAUAACCUCCCCGACCUGGAACUGUUGGUCCACGAUCAACAACCGCUAGUAGUUGCCCUCCAAGAAAUCCACCGGAUCGAUGAGGGGGCAAUGAACAACACACUACGACGGCGCUUCACAUGGUUCAAGACCGCAACCACCUCCAUCUACCACUCUGUGGCCAUCGGAGUCGCCGCCGAAGUUGCGGCCACCAGGCUGAACAUCAUGUCCGACCUUCCCGUUGUCGGAGUCCGGCUUGGCCUACCGAUUGCGCUAUCGGUCCUCUCACUAUAUCUUCCCAACGGAAAAAUCCCCGACCUGGGAGGUCAGAUCCAAGAAAUUCUCCGGCAAGUUCCGGAGCCGAUCCUGAUCGUCGGCGACGUCAACGGGCACCAUCAAAGCUGGGGAAGCAGGAGAAACAACCCACGCGGCAACUGCAUCAUGCAGGUUGCCAACGACAGCGAUCUACUGGUCCUCAAUGACGGAUCCCCAACCUUCCUACGGGGCACCAUCGAAUCGGCGAUCGACAUUGCCCUCGCCUCCUCAAGGAUUGCUCCCCGGUUGCGGUGGCACACCGUUGAGGACCCCCACGGCAGCGACCAUACGCCCAUUGUUAUUGCCCUAAGCGACAACAAUCCGCCGGAAACAACCCGACGGCCCCGGUGGUUGUACGACAAAGCUGACUGGACGACUUACCAAGCGGCCGUAGAGGAUGCUUUCGACAUCGUGAAGCCCUGCACAAUGGAAGAAAUCACUUCCGUAAUAAUCCAGGCCGCCGGGCAGGCCAUCCCGAAGACCAGCCCAAACCCGGGAAAACGCGCUCUUCACUGGUGGGACAGCACCACCAAGGCGGCGGUUAAACUCCGCCGAAAAAAGCUACGGGCCUUGAAAAGGGCCAAAGAUCGACUCCCGCCGGACCAUCCGGAACUAGAACUGGCCAACGAAGAAUACAAAAGCGCCCGGAACUCCUGCCGCCAGGAGAUCAGGGAAGCCAAGGAGAAGUCAUGGAAGGAGUUCCUGGACUCAAUCAAUGACCAGCAAACGUCGGCCGAGCUCUGGCAGAAAGUCAAUUCACUCCAAGGGAAACGCCGAACAAAAGGGAUCUGCCUGUCCCUAAACGGAUCGCCCACCAGGGAUCCACAGGAGAUCGCUGAGGCGAUGGCGGACUACUUCCAUGGGCUCUCGGCCAUGGAAAAAUACCCUGCUUCUUUUCUCAAAACCCACCCAUCCCCGCGGACCGCCCUGUCCAGUUUCAACGUUCCCCCCGACCGGGGCCAGGAGUUCAACCUCCCGUUCAAACUCCAUGAACUAGAGUUCGCCCUCAGCAGGGCCAAGGGGAAAUCCUCCGGGCCUGACGAGCUCGGAUACCCCAUGAUUCGAAACCUCCCACCCAGCUGUAAGCGUAGCCUACUGCAGGCCAUAAAUACCAUUUGGGCCUCCGGAUCGUUACCAAGCGGGUGGAAAACGAGCCUGGUAGUCCCGAUCCCCAAAGGAUCUGGACCUGCUAACGAAGUCUCCAACUAUCGGCCCAUCGCUCUUACCAGUUGCGCCUCCAAGGUUGUAGAAAAGAUGGCGAACCGCCGUCUCGUGGAAUACCUCGAAACUAACGGCCACCUAGAUCAACGGCAACACGCUUUCCGGGCCGGACGCGGCACCGGUUCCUUCCUGGCCGAAUUGGGCCAAACGCUGGACGAUGCAUUAGAGCGCAAAGAGCAUGCUGAGAUCAUAUCCUUGGACCUGGCCAAGGCCUAUAACCGGGCCUGGACCCCUGACGUUCUGGCUAGGCUAGCUCACUGGGGAGUUACCGGAAACCUCCUACAAUUCUUGAAGGACUUCCUUACAGGGAGAUCCUUCCAGGUAAUCAUCGGAAACAGCCGAAGUAGCCCCCGAGAGGAAGAAACUGGCGUCCCACAAGGAUCCGUGAUUGCGGUCACCAUUUUCCUGGUAGCCAUGCACGCGGUCUUUGAGACCAUCCCGAGGGGUGUCUACCUAAAGGUGUACGCCGAUGACAUCACCCUCAUCGUGAUCGGCGUGCACCCAAAGGCAAUACGAAGGAAGGCCCAAGCAGCCACGAAUGCCGUUGGGAAGUGGGCGGCCAAGGCCGGCUUUGAAAUCUCGGCCACCAAAUCGGCCAGACUACACAUCUGUGACAGCAACCACCGGUUGCCCCGGGAGCAAAUCACGCUCAAUAAGGAAGUGAUCCCAACAAGGAAAACCUUGAAAAUCCUCGGGGUCACCCUUGACCGGCACAUGACCCUACAAGCCCAUCUGGAUACCGUUAGAAAGAGCUGCGAAACCCGGUUGAACCUCCUUCGGAGCAUCUCCGGCAAGAGAACCCGGAGCGAUCGGACCACCCACCUCCGGGUCGCCGACGCUGUGAUAGGCAGCCGCUUAACCUACGGGAUCGAAAUCACGUGCAGAGCCCGGGAACGCCUGAUCAAGGUUUUGGGGCCCAUCCAUAACCGGGCCAUUCGAACGAUCUCCGGCCUUCUACCGUCGACCCCCGCCGACGCAGCAUGCGUCGAGGCUGGUGUUUUUCCCUUCCGGCAGAAAAUCGCCCAAACAAUUUGCAACCGAGCCAUAGGCUUCCUCGAGAAGACCCGGGAUAAUGGGCAAGGCUGCUUCCUGAGCGGGCAAGCAAACCUGGCCCUUCAAUCCGUGGCCAACGCCACGCUUCCCCCGGUGGCAGGUCUCCACCGGCUCGGACCGAGAAGCUGGUCGGCCAGGGCACCAGAAAUUGACCGAGCAAUCAAGAGCCGCUUCGCACGGCAAGCUCAACCCCAGGAACUCCAGGCUUUUUUCCUGGAGAGGAUCCGAGGCCGAUACAAAUAUCACGCGAUCUACUAUACCGACGGCUCUAAACUGGGGGACCGAGUGGGCAUUGGUGUCCACGGCACGGACCCAGAACUACACCACCGCCUCCCGGCGGAGUGCUCGGUUUUCUCGGCCGAAGCAGCAGGAAUCUUCCAGGCCAUCACAGCACCAAGGGACGGUGCCGUACUGGUGGUAACCGACUCUAACAGCGCCAUCUCCGCCAUCGACAACGUAAUGGCCAAGCACCCUUUCAUCCAGGGCAUCCAGGCGGCCCUAGACGCUGCUGAACAUCGGACGGUACUGAUGUGGGUCCCCGGGCACUGCGGAAUCCGCGGCAACGAACGCGCCGAUGUCCUGGCCGGCAUUGGCCGGAACAGCCCCUACCUCACCCGGAAAAUCCCAGCGGACGAUGCCAAGAAAUGGGUCAAUGACACCAUCCGACAAGCCUGGGCCAACGAGUGGUGGCGGAAUCGGACCCUCUUCCUACGGAAGGCAAAACCAAGCAUAGAACCCGGAGAAGACCUCCCUAACCGGCGGGAGCAGAUCAUCCUGUCCCGACUCAGGACGGGACACACAAGAGCGUCCCACAACAUGGCCGCCGGAAACUCCGGCUUCCGCCGGCAAUGCGAAAACUGCGACACCCCUAACACGGUAGAGCACUUCCUGUGCGUCUGCCCGGCUCUCGGGAACCUCCGAGAAACACACCAAAUCAGCGACAUCCCAAGCUCACUUUCGAAUGACGAAGUCCAGCCAUACCGCUGGCGGGACCGGUGGGCACCUCGGACCUCUCGGAUUUCCCGGGAUCCGAGCGGUAAGGCCCACCCAUCAACCAACCCCAACUUCAAGGUCGGAUACCCGGAGCAGCAGGAGAAAGAUCAGCGGGUACUCUCUGCAACCGUCGGGGCGCCGUCCAACCGGAAGCCGGUAGGGGACCGGCAUGGACGGGUCGACCUCGGCUUGUGGGGAGGAACCGCUGAUACAACGAAUCCUCCGGCAGUCGGGGCGCCUCCAACCGGAAGCCGGCAGGGGACCGGCAUGGACGGACCGACCUCGGCGCCGGACGGACACCGAGACCAGCAGAAACAACGACCACCCUACACCGCAAUGACCCUCCUGGUGGGCACCUCGGACCUCUCGGGGUCUCCCGGGAUCCGAGCGCGAAGAACCGUGGACCACCGGUGGGCACCUCGGACCUCUCGGGAUCCCGGGAUCCGAGUGGUAAGCCCCACCCCCUUCUCAACAAACCGCCAACAAACAACUCCGCCUACCUCGCGGUCCCAACGGAUCCUCAAUGGCCCCCCAUGGGGAGGAGCCAUCCAACGCACCAAGAAGCUCUUCGAGGCCAACCCCGGCCGUGAACGGCCCGAGGCGAGCUGUAAGGCGCCUGGAACCUCGUACCCAACCACACCCAACCCGGCUAACCAGUCGGAAACGGACUUCGUGUCAACCCUGGCCGGAAUGGCCCGUGGCGAGCCGCUGGCUCCCAGGACCCCACAGGAUAGGACGGACAACCUGACCGGCAUACAACCCCCUUCCCCCGGUGAGCACCGGCACCAUAAACCGAAGGAAAACGGACAGCAGCAAACAAAAUCUUUGACAAAAAUGAAAUGUUUUUUUUCUCCCCGGGGGCCCCCUCUGGGCCCUCACAUACCCGAAUGA